ACUCGGGGAAAGGGGAGGGGGGACAAACAUGGCCGACGAGGCAGGGGAAGUAAACACAGCUGUUGAAGAUGGCGAAGCAGAACAACUACAUGAGCCAGAAGUUUCUGAAGCCGCACCCGACCUCGAGUCCGACGGCAGCGAGGAGCCGGAGCGGCCGGAGAAGGCGUCUCCUGCGGCGGCAGAGAGCAGCUGGUCGGCUCCCAUCCUGUCUCUGGCUCGGAAGGCCACGGAGACGAUUAGCAGCGGGGUAAGCUACGCUGCUGCCCCGAGAAACCCCUCUGCUGCGAGCGCCCCGACGGAGAGGGAGUCCGAAAAUAACCUCAACAACACUUCAAAAAAACUUCCAGUUCUGCCCCCCAAAGACCCCAUGGCUAUAGAAAGAUCCAACCUCCUCAGCAUGAUGAAGCUGAGCAUCAAAGUAUUAAUUCAGUCCUCCUUGAGUUUGGGCAGGACGCUGGACUCGGAUUACCCUCCUUUGCAGCAAUUCUUUGUCGUGCUGGAGCAUUGCCUCAAACAUGGGCUGAAAGCUAAGAAAUCCUUCAUUGGUCAGAACAAGUCCAUAUGGGGACCUCUGGAACUUGUUGAGAAGUUGUGUCCGGAGUCUGUUAACAUUGCCACAAGUGCCAGAGACCUGCCCGGCAUUAAGACCGGCUUGGGUAGAGGAAGGGCUUGGCUACAUUUAGCGCUCAUGCAGAAGACUGUAGCUGACUAUAUGAAAGCUUUGCUGGACCGCAAAGAUCUCCUGAGUGAGUUUUAUGACUCUGGAGCAAUGAUGAUGGAGGACGAGGGGGCUGUGAUUGGGGGACUGCUGGUAGGCCUCAAUGUAAUUGACGCUAACCUCUGUAUAAAAGGGGAGGAUCUCGAUUCUCAGGUUGGAGUUAUUGACUUUUCCCUUUAUCUGAAAGACACUGCCAACAGUGAGACUCCAAAAGACGAUUCAAAGAUGACAGCCAUACUAGAUCAGAAGCACUACAUUGAGGAGUUGAAUCGACACCUAAGUGGCACCGUCACUGACCUGCAGGCUAAGAUGGACUCUAUAGAGAAGACCAACAGCAAGCUUGUAAUAGAGCUGACGGCAGCGACAGACCGAAUCAACUCCCUGCGGGAGGAACAGGAACACCUGAGAAAGGAGAAUGAGACAAUCGUGCAGUCCAGUCAGAAAAAGGAAGAGACCGCCCUCAUGGACAGCCAGGUGGAGCUGGAGACAUACAAACAGACUCGACAGGGCCUGGAUGAGAUGUACAAUGUGGUUUGGUCGCAGUACAAAGAGGAAAAGAGAAUUCGCCAGGAGCUGGAGCGUGAGUUGGAGCUGCAGGUGGGCCUGAAGCAGGAGAUAGAGGUGGCCAUGAAGCUGCUGGAGAAGGACUCUCACCAGAAACAGGACACACUGGCAGCCCUGAGGCUCCAGCUCGACCAAGUGAAGACUCUUAACCUGCAGAUGUUCCACAAAGCUCAGGACUCUGAACGAGAGGCAGAAAAAAAGCAUGCGGAGGCUUCACAGCUUGAGCAGAAGAUGGAUGAAAUGGAGAAAUCCAUGCAGGAACUAGAGCAGAGAUUACAGAACUCAGAGCGAGAGCGCAAACAGAGUGACCAGUCAGACAAAGAUAUGAAGGUGGACCUCGACGGGAAAGUGGAUGCUUUGCAGAAACAACUGACUGACCUGGAUUCGCUAAGGCUGGGUCUGGAGAAUGAGCUGCGCACUGAGAGGGAGCAGAGACAGAGCCUGCAGAAAGCUCUGCAGCGGGAACAAGACAACAGCAUCGAGCUCCGCACACAGCUGCAGCAACUGCAGGGCCUGAACGCCGAGCUGCAGGAUUUGAAGCACGAGAAGCAGCAGCUGCGGCAGACAUGUGAGCAGCAGGAGCAGGCUCUGCAGGAGAUGGGCCUGCAUCUCAGCCAAUCUAAACUGAAGAUGGAGGACUUCAAGGAGGUCAAUAAAGCCCUGAAGGGCCACGCCUGGCUGAAAGACGACGAGGCCACUCAGUGCAAGCACUGCGAUAAGGAGUUCUCCAUCGCACGCAGAAAGCACCACUGUAGAAACUGUGGGGACAUCUAUUGCAACAACUGCUCCAGUAACGAGCUGGCCUUACCCUCGUACCCCCGGCCUGUGAGGGUGUGCGAUGUGUGCCACGCCCUGCUGCUGCAGAGGAGCGUCUCCACAGCUUCCUGACAAAACAUCUGAAGCUUCAACGUUUCUACAGCGGCUUUCAUAACACUGCACAUACUCAACCACUAUGCUUUUUAAACUACUCGUUACAGAACAUGUCAUCAAAUCUUUAGGGAAAUGUGUGUUUUUAAUUUCCACUUUACUUGAAAUUCAGGAGCUUUGGUUCAGCUAUAUGAAAUUAGGGGCCACAUUUUAACACUGACAGGAUGAGCUAUAAUAGUUUAGAAAUAAUCUUGACUUGGCUUAAAGGUUGAACAUUAUAUUUAUGUGAUCAAGGUUACUUUGGGUUCUCCAUAAACUCGCCAUUUUAAUUUGUCUAAUUCUAAAAUCUGAUUUAGAUUGUAAUAACGUCCCAAUACUGGUUGUUACUGUGGCUCAUGUAUGCGAUUACAUUUAACCAAUAUACUUUGAUAUUGUUUCAUCUAGUCAUACAUCCAUUCUCAUGUUUACAGCUCUGGCCCCACUGUACACAUGCAAACUCAUUAUGUAAAUGACUGUAGAAUGUAUUAUUACAGAAAGGUUUUGUGGAUUGUGUCGACUGCUACAAAGCCAUUUUCUUAAAUUAAUUUGGGAAUGUUGACCAAACCUUUUUUAUCUAGCCAUUUGAUAAAUGAAUAAAAACUCAUUUUGCAAAGCU